UAAAUUAAGAAAAAUGGACAAGUCUGACCAUAAUAUGAGUUUUAAUGAUAAUUCCGAGCAAGAAAGAAAGCAAGAUAAGCAAUCUAAAAAGAUAGAGUAUACAGAGAUAUAUGCAUGGGGUGACGAUGAAAUGGGACAGCUAGGAGUUGGGGGAACAAAUAACACUAAGACCGAAGAUCCGAAUCUCAGAAAGGUUUGCACAAUUCCCAAAAUAUGCUCGUUUAAUAUAAAGAUAUUAAAAAUUGCUUGAGGGUUUAACCACUCAGCACUUUUAUCGUAUUCUGGCUACCUUUAUACAAUGGGAAGCAAUGAAUAUGGCAAGCUUGGAGUUGGCCUAGAUAAGGUCCAGAAGAAGAACAUCCCAUGUCUAGUUCAUGACCUCCAGGAUAUGUUCAUCACUCAUAUCUCCUGUGGGUGGUAUCAUACUGCAGCAGUUUCGGAAGAAGGAAAAUUGUAUUCCUGGGGAAGAGGUAAACUAGGAGUUCUAGGACUUGGAGACGACUCAAACCAUCCAGUUCCUCAAGAAUGAGAUUACUUAGUACAAAAGGAAGAAAGAAUUACUUCUGUUUCUAGUGGAAUGUGUCAUAUGGGAGCAAUCACAAGUUCUGGAAAACUCUAUCUUUGGGGUUGCAAUAAGUAUGGACAACUUGGAAAUCCAAAGGUCAAAACAAAUUCAUCAAUCCCAACACAAGAAUGUUCAAAGGAAAAGUUUGCAGAGCUAGCUUGUGGGCUAACACAUACUCUUGCUUUGACAAAGGAAGGGUAUGUUUAUGCAGCAGGAGAUAAUGACGAAGGGCAAUGUGGUGUAGGAAAAGAUGAGGAGAUUAUUCACAAAUUCGAGUCAGUCGAUGUUCUUGGAGAACAUCAUGUGACCAAGAUUAUUGCUGGAUGUCACUCAGCAGCCAUCACAUCAGAGGAGCAUAUUUACGUUUGGGGAACUUCAACUUUUGGACAAUUUCAAUCUCCUGAAAGAUCUGUCUCCCUUACUUCAGUUGUCAAUGCAAGUAUCGGUAGAAGUUCUGGUGCUUGAGUUGAUAGAGAUGGCAAAGUCUGGACCUGGGGGUAUAAUGAACAGGCUCAGCUUGGCCUUGUUGACACAGAACCAAGAUGCAUCCCCACUCUUGUAAAGCCAAUCAAGAAGAAACAUGUGUAUGCUGUUGCUGUUGGAGCAGGCCAUGUCAUCGCCAUCGGUGAAAACAAAAUACAAGGCAGCUCUGACACAACCACCAAGAAAGUCAAGUCAACUGAGGAGUCGAAGAGUCACAGCGAAAUCAGCAGAGAACAAGUACCAAAUGUUUUCAAUGCAAACAGAGGUGAUGCUGACAACAAAGAUGACUUGGUCGACCAGAUCUCAGACGCAGCUCAGAAGUUGUUGAAUGAUCCCAACAGUUACUACUAUCACCUCAAGAAAGAUGAGAAAGCCAAUGUAGAAGAUAUGCUCGAAACUGGUAACAGCAAAGCAGGAGAGUUCUCUGGCAAUGCAAGCGCCAUCAACAUCACCAACCAAGCCAGUCAAGCUAAAAGAGCGCCAAUUGAGCCGUAUCCUCGGUCAAACAACCCAACAAUCAAGAAGAGCUCCAUUUCAAGAACGAAGUCGCCCAAUGAGUCACCUGACCUCAGAAACCACAACAUUGCGAAUGCAAACUUGGCUGACAAGGACCCAGCCAGAGACAUCGACAAAUACGAAAAUGUUGCUGAGAAAAGACAGAAACUGUUUGAUGCUAAGCCCCAGAUGAAAAAGAAGAAGAUCGACCCGCCUCAAGUCAAGCUGCCUCCGGCUCCGAAGUAUGUGCCUCUGCCAUGUUUGGAGUGCAAGAACAUCGGCUCUGUGUGCGAGUCUCUGGGCAUCUCCAAAAUUGAAGAAGCCAUCAAGCUUGUCAGCGACAUCAAACAAGAAAACCUGCUCUGAAAGCUCCGAGAAGAAAACUCCAGACUCCAGCAAGAAGCUCGAAACUGGAAACACAAAAUGGAAGACAGAGAGUAUGAGCUGAUGCUUGAGAACCAGAAACUCAAGCUUGAAAACAGCGACUUGAUCAACAGCAAAGAAAGACAGAGAAAGACAUUCUCAGACACCGAAAUCAGAGUCAAGAAGUACCAGGACGAUCUCCAGGAAUGCAGAGAACAAAACUCUAAACUUAAGGCUGAACUUGUUCAAGCCAAGAAACAACAAGAGUCCGCUGUGGUAGGCCUUGAGAAAGAACUCAGCACUCUCAAGCUGAAGUAUGCUGACAUGAAACAAGAAAAUGAAAAGUUCAGGUCUUUCAUGACCGAAAGAACUCAGAGUCACAUUGAUGCAAACGAAGACUAUCUGCAAAGCUCUGUAGCCAGAGAUGAAGCUCGCAAACAAAGAGUCUCAAGAUUGCUUGACUACAAAGCCCAUGAUAGAGAUGGUGAAGGAGACACUUCUGAAUCAAACUUCAACCCGACUGAUGACAUGACUCCAGCUGACACUCCUUCAAGGGCUCUGAACCCAUCAACUGGUGAUGAAGCAUUCUUGCAGUCGAACAAAAGAAACUUCGCUAGGAACUACGUCAUUGAAGAAAAAGAAAACUCUGCAGACGACUCUUCGGCUGGUGACAAUGACAGACAAGUUUAUGGAGGUUUCAAGGAAAACGAAAGCGACUCUACCAGCGUGUAUAUGGAAGACGCUGGAGACUACAACCAGAGAAUAGUACAGUCGAUCGAGAGAAGAAUCGGAGGUUACGAGCCAGUGUUUUGCAAGUUGGACACAAACCAAGAAGAUGGUCCUACAUUCCAAACUCCCCAAUUAAAGUUUAGAAAGUUUGUUGACCCACCUAAGGAGGAUGAAAAUAAUGAAAAGGUUGAUUAA